UUUUUCGUCUUCCGGCCGUGAGCCAAUGGAAAUCGAGGACGUCCUUCUUGCGUCAGUGGGCGUGGCUCAUACUGAGGAAGCGUCAUCGAGUAGUGAAGGAAAGUUUUGAAAAUGGCGGACCGUGCUGCGGAUGGCAGACCCUGGACUGGAAGUGUGGUUCUCUUCCUUCAGUCUCCCAAUGUGGACCUGAACACACUCUUCAAGGACCAGCAGAGGAAGUUCAAUGUGUUCAAAGUCAUUAAGCUGACUCUCAUCGACUCUGCUGGGGGUCUGGGUGGGUGUGAGAUUCUGAAGGUCCAUGACUGCGAUCCCCUCCUCGGUGUGGAAAUGAAGUUCAUUGAGGUGUCAGCGUGUCAGCACUUCCUGGAGAGCUACAGUUCGGAGGCCGUGCAUCAGUCUCUCUCUCAGCACGCCUGCAGGCUUCUGACUCCGUCUGAAGAGUUCACCGUGAAAACCCAGCUCAAAGCUGGAAACCACGUCCUGGACAACUGUCUAGACGACCUAGACCUCUGCCUACAUCACGUUCACUGUUCAAAGCCGGCACGUCUGCGAGAUGAGGAAAUUGACCGUCUGGAGGGGCUCCUGCGCUUGGAUGUCAUGGGUCCUGCAGCUCAAGUCGCUCCUUUAGUACAGCAAGAGUCUCCGCUCCCCAGCAACUCCUUCAGGUUUCAAAAUAGAAUAUUUGGGGAUCGAACGCUGUCUCAAACCGACAUCCAGAACUUCUCCACCGGGGUGGGUCGUGACUGGAAGUUGGUGGGGAGAGCCCUGGAGAAGACCUGCCGAGCCCUGAAGGACCCCGCCAUAGACAACCUGGCCUACGAGUAUGAGAAGGACGGGCUGUACGAGCAGGCCUACCAGCUGCUCACCCGCUUUGUGCAGGCGGAGGGGAGCGCGGCCAAGCUGAGCCGACUGGUCAAAGCACUGGAGGACUGCAAACUCAAGGGUCUGGCUGAAAACAUUCUGGGCAUUCAUUCCCAAGAGUGACCAUGUAUUUGUGGUGUGAGUGGAGCCGCGAUGGGAACUUGUCCUGUCAGGUUUUAUAUAAUGUCUGUCGUGAACAUGCUGAGAAUCAUUCCUGUGUGUCGGAGCGUGUGAACAAAUGCUGAACUGCCAAUGUCACGAGUGCUUUAUCAAUUACUAGAGUUACUGAAUGUAUUUUAGGUGAGAUGAUCUGUGGUG